AUGGCGUCCCAGCUGGUCGAGAGCCACCGCGCCGGGGCCGAUGUCAUCAAGGGGCGCGAAGUCUGCAAGAAGAAGUCUGUCGAGCUCCUUGAAGAGUUCGGCCUCCCGAAAGGCCUCUUUCCAAUGGACGACAUUGAGGAAAUCGGGUACAACCGCGAGAGCGGGUUCGUGUGGAUGCUUCAGAAGAAGAAGAACCAGCACACCUUCAAGAAGAUCCAGCAGACUGUCUCCUACGACACCGAGGUGACCGCUUUUGUGGAGAAGGGCAAGAUCAAGAAGGUCACCGGGGUCAAGGUCGAGGAGCUGUCUUUGGUCGAGGUCCAUGUGGAUAAGUCUUCUGCUGAUAAGGUCACCGUCAAGACUGACACCGGUCUGUCUGACAUCCAUGAUGCAGCCGCGUUCGCUCUCGGAGAAUAG